AUGACGUAUAGGCCACCCUAUACCACUCUGGCUAAUAUUAAACAAGAGGUCGGUGAGUCUCUACAAGAUUACUUUAAACGUUUUAAUGCUGAAGUAACAAAAGUAGAGAAGACCCCCGAGUCUUCGUUGGUUUGCAUGUUAAUAACAGGUGUCGUGCAAAGAACCGACUUUUGGAAGGAGCUGCAGGCUCAAAGGCCCGAAUUGUUGGUCGAGUUUUUUGCUAUGGCAGAACCGCAUAAAAGGAUUGAAAAUUCUCUGGCCGAGCUAGAGAAAGGAAAGGAUAAACGUGAGUCUCCAGUACCGCGAUCACGAUCCCGCAGUCCCAGAGGGAGAAGCCCUAGAAGACGCAGUUCCCAAAGACAGCGAAGUCCAAAGUUCGCCAAGUCCCCUCCAAAGAAAGAGUCAUCUCCUAAGAGGAAGGGGGGUCCACGUUUUGUAAACUACACAGAAUUAGUAGUCCCACGAGACCAUAUCUACGCAAUCGAAGAAAAGAACGUGGUCUUCAGAAAGCCUCCCCCAAUACGGGGAAACCGUGACAAGAGAGUGUUGGAUGAGAUCAAGGAACUAAUCGGGCGAGGGAAGUUUGGCAAGUACAAGAAAAAUGAGGAAGGUCAUCCUCGAGCGGAUGACAAGGAAGAAAAUAGCAAUGCGAGUGGUUCAAGAACUCCUCGCAAUAUAUUGACAAUCAUUGGUGGUCCUCACAUCGUAGGAGACUCCAAAAAAUCACAGGAGCGAUACACCAAGGAGGCAAGAGAGACGCCACUCACCAAUGUGAACAAUUUGAGUGAACGACUAGAAAAACUAUUCAAGAAGGAGUGCAAUGAUAUCACAUUCAUGGAAAACGACACCAGAUGGGUUCACCACCCACAUGCCGAUGCACUGGUCAUCAUCGCUAACAUUGGAGGAGACAAUGUCCAGCACAUAUUAGUGGACAACGGGAGUUCUAUGAAUCUCCUUAACUUUCAAGCUUUUAAGCAAAUGGGACUACAAGAAAAGGAUCUGCGACCAGUCGUUUCCAUUAUCUACGAUUUUACCGGGGACACCAUUGCUUUAAAGGGAAUGAUCAAACUCCCAAUCACUUUGGGAACCGCACUUGUCGUGGCCAAGUCAAUGGCUGACUUCGCCCUUGUCGACUAG